AGACAAGAAAAAACGAGCAAUUAUCUGACAGUUUCAAACUCUCCCGAAAGAAAAAAUGGACGUCUACUACUACAUGGUGGCUUUCAUGUUUGCCUUCAUCAGCGUCGUCCUUUUCCUCCUAACACGAAGUGCCAACCGAAUUGCAAAAGAGCGGGCUGCCGAGGCUGCCGCCAGCGGUGACGCCAACGCCGCCGCACCGAUGGGCACCACAACCCGCCAGCGCCGCGCACGCCGUGAAGAGUAAUACACUGCGCAGCCAGCAUUCAUCACAGCAGCAACAAUGGAAGAUCAACUCAAAGCGUUGUCUAGCUACUGGGUUGCAAGUGGUGAGUGAGCAGGUUUUUGUUUUCUGGGAGGGUGUAACACUUGAGUGUGCUUGUGCAAGUGGUUGAUCUUAUGAAUUCACUGUUGUUACUGUUUUGAUUCGACACAUUUUUGGACGUGUUUCUUCUUCUUUUUUUUUUUCCUUCCGAAACCAGGCACGCAGGUACCAAUGAGAGUGUCUUAAGGCUUAAUGAAUUCCAAAAGCUAAUUGAAUUUAACGAAGCUGUGUGAGGAAUGCGUGAAGAGCAGAUGUUCUGUGUUGCGCCCGCAUAUAGGGUAGACAUGUUUUCGUUCUCCCGUUUGUUGUCGAAGCGCUGGUGAUGGAAUGGGGGAGCAUGGCGCUCUGUUUCUGUUUUUGUCGUUUGGCUGUGCGCGGAAGAGGCAGAGGAAAGAUGUGCCAUGUUUUUCUUCAUCUUUGAAGGUACUCUUGAUGCUGCGUUCUGCGCGGCUUUGAACGUGUCCGGCGAUCUGAAGCACACACACAACAGCUGAACGAAAUCUGCGGUGCACUUCGACGAUCCCUUCCACUUCCCAUUUCCUACCCACUCUCAAGGGCCGUUUUUUUCCCUUUUGCGUGUGUGUUUGUGUGCAUCAUUUCCAGAGCUGCUUUGUUUUCUUCUGAGCACUGCGUUUCACCGCUUUCGCCUUUCAUUUAUUAUUUGUGUCGUGUACAAGCGACACUUCUCCCUUUGAGUUUCCUCUUCACGUGCGACAAAACGAAUAUUUGUUCACUUCUUCAUCUCACCUUUUUUUUUCUCUGUUUUUUCUUCUCUUUCUCGUCUUUAGUUUCUCUAGUCCGAAUGAGCAACCAUUACUUUGCCUUCUCAACCGCCCCUGGUGCACACGCGCCAGGUGCGUCGGUGACUGGCAUGUUAGGCCACCCAAGCAACCACAGCCAUAGCAGUAGCAACAACAAUGGCAUGGCAGAAGGCAUGCUGUCGCAGCAUGGCUCGGGCUCACCUGGUAGCAUGAUCUCCGGUGGCAACGGUGGCGGCAUGCUGUCCUACGCUGGUCCUCCAUCGCAGUCCCGACAGCAGCAACUGCAGCCGCCGUCGCAGCAGCAACGGCCACCCCAACAACGGCCGUCACAGCAACCAUUACGGUUUGUAGCCAAUUCGAUGCUCAACCCCGGUGCGGUGAUGUUUCCGACCAGCUCCUCCCAGCUCUCUGCAAACGGCCCGGGCGUUGUGAUGAAUGCAAACUGUCCAGCUGGCGUUGGUGGACCGGCGGUGCCGGCCCCGCGAUCAGCAGCGACGUUGAUCGCAGAGGCGACCGGGGCGCCGCCGCCACCACCGGCUCCUUCGCUUGGUGUGCACGCCAGCAACUCCAAUCCACCCCCACCCCCACCACCUCCAUCGUCGUCCAACGCUAGCGUUUCCGCUGCUGUGGCACCGGUGGGCGUUAUGACGCUGGGUGGCAGCGUUAACCCAUCAAGCGUGAGCAUGGCAACUCCUCCCGCUCCUCUAGCAGGGAUCAAUACACCGAUGAGCGCAGCCGUCGCCGCUGCUGGCGCAGGGGGGAGUGUUGCGCUGAGCGGAGGUUCGGUUUCGCCGGUUACGGCGGACAACGCGUCUUCUUUCGGCGCUUCCUUGGUGAGUCCAUCCUUUAAGGCUUUCACGACGUCUGUUGCAACGAUGCUUUCGACGCAAGGGGCUGCUCCUGAUGCUGCGGCGCGUGGCAAUGACGGUACAUCCGCCUCGGCGGCAAAUGCCGCAGUGGGGUUGUUGGAGACGGCGCAUGACGGGCAUGGUGCGCCUCCCGUAACCACGACAGCGGCAGCCGCUGCUGGUGCUUGUGAUAGAUUGAGCCGCUUCAGCCACGUAGAAGUGGAGCUCACUCUCACGGGGUGCGGGCGGCGCGACACAAUCACGAGCGAGGACGGGUCUGUGCAGUGGGAUCCGGCGCAGGACGUAGACGAUGAACUGGAUGAGCUGGGGUACCUUUUAGCCACCAUUUGCUGCGACGGUGAUGACGACAGCGUUAGCUACACUAUGCACAGUCUGCAGGACAUGGAUUACGGCCGUAGCUACGCUGUAGAUGUCUUUACUGGCAGCGAUGUAAAAAGUGCUGCGGCGAACAUAUGCAAGAUCAUUGAUAAGAGGCAGAGUGACACGGCGGAUCUGCGCGCUGCGAUUCAGGGUUUAACGUUCGCUAUUGUAUCCCAGGAUGAGUUCAGAGUGUUGCUUCAUCUCCCACGGCAAGAGGCGCUAACGCUGCGCUACAGCAUUUUGAAGUACCUACUAGAGCGUCUGGUGCGGGAUCACCGUCGCAGCGCGGAUGUGGAUACGUUCGGAAAGAAAUUCACCUCCAUGAUGAACCUCGGUCUUGUGCGCAGCAUGGAGCUUGCCGCUGUGAUAGACACCUUCCUCCAACACGAAACGAUGGUCUCGGCGGCGUUGCGCCUGAUCGCCUUAGGUCUGAGCAGUGUAAACGCUGACAAGGGUGUGCGGGCAGCGCUAGAGGGCGUACCACGCAUCGCGCAGCGACUGCACGAAGUUUACGCGCGCAACCGCAAAUACGAGGUGGAUGUGGCGCUCAUCACGCGGCUCUGGCAACGCAAAGAGCCGGUGCUGUACGGCUGCCUCGAGCUCGAGAGCAACUUUCACCGAGGAAACUGCCCAGUGACGUGUCUGUCGUACUUCGGCGUGCGGGACGAACUGAUCUCCGGCCACAUGAACGGCUCCGUGGUGCUUUGGGGCGCGCCGCAGAUGGUGCGGGAAAAGCCGCACGGCGGUCUCUUUGCCGUCCCUCGCCCCGCCGUUCGCCCACGCGGGGUGGUACCGCUGCCGCUCGACUGCGUGCCCGUGGGCAUGGCGGGGCAGAGGAUCGAUGGGCAGUACCUUGCGAUUGCGAGCAUGCCCUACAAGUCUCGCAAGCCGUACUUGCCCUACUGCACGGGUGUCGAGGCGAGGGCGGCGACGGGCUCAACGGACUCCGAUGCAGCGGAGAACAUCAACAAAGCGAGCACUUUUGCGAAGGGCAACACGACGCCGUCGGCGACCCGCCGCGAGGCACCCAACGGGGCCGGCGUGGGGGCCAUUAUUGUAAUCACUUGCAAUGCGAACUCUAUUCGAUGGAAUAAGGGCGAGGUGAUCAUGCGACCUGCCGGCGUGGCGCUCACCGCCAUUACAGCCUUCCGCAACUCCAUCGUGGCAGUGGGGGAGAGCGCGGUCCUGCGGGCCACGCCUUCUGCGGAUGCUGCUGCUGCUGCCAUGGCGUCCCCCCAUCGUCUUAGUUUUGUGGAUGUGGCCUGCGGCACCGUCCUGCGGCAAAUCCUCAGUGCACACGACGACUACAUCACCGCGCUGAAUGUACUGGACGAGGCCAGCUACGUGCUGCUGUCGGGUGGUCGCGAUGCGGCCGUUAAGCUGUGGGAUCCGCGAUCGCGUGAGGACAGCCCUGUAGUGAACACAGCUCUCUGCACUGGGGCACCCACCCACAACAGCACCAUCACGGCGAUGUGCACGACGGGCUACAACAUUGUGUCAACCGCCAUGGAUGGCUCCAUGCUGGUGUGGGACCUUCGCUCGAUGGAAGCGCCGCAGGUGCGACAUGAACUUGACUACCCCAUUGUCGAUGUUACCUUAAUUACAGGCAAGCGGGCGGUGGCUGCCACCUGGCGCGGCCUCAUAACGGUUUCCCUGGACACGCUGGAACCGCUGGAUAUGCGAGAGUCCGACAGGGGCUACUCACAUGUGAUGUCGAACAACACCGGCGAGCUAGUGUUUACAGCAUCGUGCUGCGGUGUGCUGCACACCGUUGCGGUCCAUGAAUAA